GGCUAGCUAUAAAAGAUGCCUGCUGUCCGCUCUAGUUUCCUCAGCCCUCAGUUGAUCUGACGAGCCAAGCUUCACAAGUACAGGUACUGGAUACUUGACUUGUUUCGUUUUAAUUUCGCUAUUCUUUCUUGUCACGACUUUUGCCACUCUUUCAUUACAUCUUACGACUUUCGUUCCUAACCCAACUACAACAAUCACGAUGCGUUCCUCCACGAUCCUCGCUGCUGCCGUUGUUAUUGCUGCGCCUCUCGCUAGCGCCCUCCCCUUCCCCUUCCCUCCGGCCAAUGGCAAUGAAGCCGCCGUUCUCCCAGCCGAGCCUCAGGGCGAGCCUCACCAACACGAAGCUCACCGCCGCCCCCACGGACACAAGGACCACGAGAAGGACGAUCAUGAGCGCUACGCUGUGCAGGGUCAGCAAGAACCUGAGGAGAAGCCUCACGUCUCCCGUGCUAUUGCAGAAAUUUUUGCCCGUGCCAUUGCUGAGGAUGCUCAGAACCAACAGCAAGCACAGCAGGUUUCCGCCAAGGCGCACCAGCUGAAGCAGAAGGAAGGCGCGAACGACCGCUACCCCCAGAACGGCGAGGGCCGUGAGGGCCAAGGUCGCAAGAAUCGAAAGGGCAAGAAGCUCCACGAUGGCAAGUAUCGUGAGGGCAAGGAGGGCGGCAAGCGCCGCAAGGGUCAGGGCCGCAAGAAGGGCUCCAAGGAACACAAGGCCGGCGAGCCUGAUGAGCGCAAGGGUCAGCGCAAGCCCAAGCAGAUGCAGGGCCAGCGCAGGCCUGAGAGUGAAGGUGCCCACACGGACGACCGCAAGCCUCACCGUGAGGGUGCACAGGAGAACGGCCGCAAGCCUGAGAGCGUCCCGGCGCGCACGAACGCCGCGACACGCCCUGCUCCUGCUGCUCAGAACCAACCUAGCACGCCCGAGAAGCAGACCGCUCAAAAGGUUGCUCGCGCCGUGUACGACGUGUACGAGCAGGUCGAGCGCCGUGGCAAGAAGAUCGAUAAGGCGACCGCGGGUGUCGGCCUCGUCAGUGAUAUCGCUUCGGCUGCUGAGUCCGUGCACGACGCAUGGUCCUCCUGGAGAAACAAGGAUACUGCACAGCGCCGUGCCCUCUUCGAUCUCGAGCUCGAUGAGUUUGCGCGCCGCUCGUUCUUCAACGAGCUUGACUGAACGCGAUUCGUGAUUUGUUGCAAGGUGUACUGUAUAUUAGUUGACGACUUUGACGAAAUAGCGAAUUACUUCUGAGGGCUCACU